AUGAUCCUGAAAAGAGCAACCUGGAUUUCCAUCAUCUUCUGCCUUGGAGCCUCACAGCACUUGAAAGGACAUAGCUUGGACCAGGCAACUGCUGGUCCCAUUUUCCAAAAUGAGCCAUUUGUUGUGGUAUGGAACUUGCCUACAGCAAGAUGUGAAGAACAUUUUGGGAUUGCGCUACCUCUUGGAGAUUAUGGUAUUGUUGAGAACAAAGGCAAUGCAUUUUAUGGCCAGAACAUGACUAUCUUUUACAAAAAUAAGUUUGGACUCUAUCCCUACAUCUCAUCUGAGGGUGAAUGGCAUAAUGGUGGAAUACCUCAGAAAGCAGAUCUGAAGGAACACCUAGAGAGGUUCUCAAAAGAAAUUGCAGAACUUUUGUACCCUGAUUUCCAAGGCCUGGCUGUGGUUGACUGGGAGGAGUGGCGGCCUCUCUGGAGACGGAACUGGGGGCCCAAGAUCAUAUACAGGGAGGCCUCUGAACAGUGGGUGCAGGAAAGAUUCCCAGAUCUGCCUGCUAAGGAACGAUCCUACUUGGCAGAGGAAGAGUUUGAACAGGCUGCUAAAGUGUUCAUGGAUAGAAUGCUGGCUGUGGGGAAGGAGCUGAGGCCACAGGGACUCUGGGGCUUCUACCGAUUCCCCGAUUGCUUCAAUGACAACUGGGAGAAAGAAAAGAACUACUCUGGCCAUUGUCACCCCAAGGAGGUUCAGUGGAACGAUCGACUCCAGUGGCUUUGGGAAGUUUCCUCAGCCCUCUUUCCCAGCAUCUAUCUCCCCCCAAAGCUCCCAUUAUCUAAACACCAGCGCUAUGUUCACUACCGCCUAAGAGAGGCAUUCCGUGUGGCAAAGUCCGGCUUGAAGCCACCCAUACCUGUGAUUGCGUAUUCCAGGGUCUCCUACAGACACUCCCCAAGGUACCUUGCUGAGACUGACCUGGUAUACACCAUUGGAGAGAGUGCAGCACUUGGAGCUGCUGGGGUUGCACUCUGGGGUGACCUCUCCUAUUCCCAUUCACCUGAGAGCUGCAGGAGCCUUCACCGUUACAUUGUGACCACGCUGGGGCCAUAUGUAGUCAAUGUGACCACAGCUGCCCGCACAUGCAGCCAUCAGCUGUGCCAUGGGAACGGACGUUGUGUGAGGCAGAACCCGGAUGACCUGGGAGCUUUCCCUCACCUCAGUCCACAGCAGUGGGAAAGGGAACCCACUGUGACAGACUUUGUGGACCACGAAGUUUCAGCAUGGGAGCGCUUCCAGUGCCACUGCUACCCUGAAUGGACUGGUACUUGGUGUGAGAGGCCACAGUGGACAGAGCCCGUCCAAGGAGUCGAGUUCAAUCUAGCCCCACAAUAUCAUUAUUUCUAUGAUACAGCUCAUGACAACAGUGUUGUUGGGAAGUCAAACAUCUGUCCUCCCUCCAUUUAUGAUGAAAAGGCAGAGCUCAGAUAACUAUUUAUGCAGGUCCAGCAGUCUCCAGUAUUUAAUGAAGGGUAGCCUCAGUGCUCCAGAGAAUACAAACAAUGGGUCUACUAAGGGACAUCCUGUCUUGGGCAAACUGCAAGACACACCCCCUCACACACACACACUUUCUCUGUAUUGUAUUUACACUGACACAGGCCAGAUAGUAUUUCUAAGCAUAAUGGCUUCACUGUUUUAUAGUUAUGUGAAGCUUUUGGUGCUAAAGUAAGAGACACUGUUCGGUUUUGGAACUUUGCACUAUAACACGUCCUGUAUAUUAAAAAGAGGUGAACAUUUUGGGAACUUGUUUACAGUUAUAGCAUUGGGAAGACAUUACAUACAUCUAUAGGUAUUUAGAAUUUGUACAUGGCAGGGCAGAAAGAAAUUAAAAUUCUCCCCAUUAUGUCAUGAUCUUCAUUCAUGCUCCUCCUAUUUGCUAAAUACUGUGGCAUAGGGACAAACUGCAUGUUAUGUUGAACGUUUGUGACUGGAUCCUCCGGUGUGUGUUUAAAAACAACUGCAGGUGAGUAAAAUAUUAAUUGGGGCCACAGCACUGGGGAAGGAGAACGUUAAUCCUGUGUAGUUUUCCCCAUUGAAAUGACCACUCCUUGAUAUAUUUUCACCUUAAUUUUUUUUUGGGGGGGGGGAGACAGGCCCACUGUCACUUUGCCUACUGUGGUUAAACACAACCUUCAGGCUCCAGUUUCAAUAAGAGGAAAUGGUAUCAGUGAAAAAACUAAAUUGCCCCCUCCUCUUUUGAGGCCACCAUCACCACAGCUGCUUCUUAAGGCUAAACUCUGGUCAUGGAACCUCAACAUAAUGUGUAGAUAGGCCCUUGAAGGCGACAAGAGGUCUGAAACUGUAGGUCAUCUCAUCUGCUCUGUUAUGACCUCUUCUUUCCCUUCUUCCUCCAUAAAAUGUCCCCGAUAGCCGUAAAAAAGCAGAGGGGUCGAAACCCCCAGCACAGCACAUCUCCACAAUGGAUUCUGUGCCUCUUUCUGGUGUGUUUUUAAUGCAAUAGUUGUGCAAUAGUUAUCCAAGUUCCAGAUAACUUACCCUCUUUAUUGUGCUUCAGCUACAAGGAUCUUGCACCCACUUGCCCAAAUACCAAUUUGUGUAGCUUGGGAAAGGCUAUUUUAAUCCUAGAUCAAUGCCACAAUAGAGAUUUUGAGUACAGUGUAGAAUGUGGGUGUUUAGGCAACUGGGGCAACUGUUGCACAGAGAUUCCAUUUUGCGAUUAUACUAAUUCCAGAAGUUCAUAAGAACACAGUAAUAUAGUAAUAAAGAUAAUAAUAGCAGAUUUAAAACUGCCUUACCAUAGAUCCCAUCAGCAGCUGGCAUGACACAAGCCCACAAUGGCAUUGCACAUUAGGGUCUAACCAGAUGUGACAUUUUCUCAGAGUACAAUUAUGGGUAGCUGUAUGUGUCAUAUGUGUCUGUUCAAAUAUGCCUCCAUGUUGGUUCUCUUUUUUGCCCGCACAUUUGCUGUAUGCAUGUUCAUCUUGUCAGCAUGAUUGUAUGCCCUUGUGUGCAGUUGAUCCUGCAUACAUCUAGACUACUGAGAAUGCAUCAGGAAAUAGCAACACCAGGCUAGGUUUGCAGUGUGGUUUUUUUUGUCCAGUAUGCUGCCUUUUCACAAGCAACACCACUGGGAGGUGCUGUG